AUCAUGGGAGACAUGGAAGAAGGAGCAAAUUUUCAGAGACCACCUUUAUUGCGUGGACACAACUACAAUUUUUGGAAGGGCAGGAUGAGGGCCUUUCUCAAAUCCCUUGGAGGUGGAGUCUGGAGAAGCGUGGAAACUGGAUGGACUGAACCACGUAAAUAUUCUGAUGAUCUGACAACAUCAAGAAUCAAGCCAUUCGAAGAAUAUAGCAGGACAGAAGUAACAGCCGCUGAGUUUAACGAUAAAGCCCUAAAUGCAAUCUUUGGGGCAGUGGAUUCUACCCAGUACAAGCUCAUAUCAAACUGUGACAAUGCCAAGGAAGCUUGGGAUAUUCUUGAAGUUACACAUGAGGGAGAUGAGGAAGUGAAGACUGCGAAAUAUCAGAUCUUGAUGACCCAAUAUGAAAAUCUGCGCAUGGACGAGAAGGAAAAGAUCACUGAAUUUCAUGGAAGAGUUAGAGAUAUUGCAAACCAGGCUGCACGACUGAAUGAACCUAUUCCAGAAAACAAGCUGGUCCUCAAGGUGCUGAGAUCACUUCCAAAAGAAUAUGAGAUGGAUGUCAAGGCCAUUCGACGUUCCCACAACAUCAAAAACAUGACUCUUGAUGCACUUAUGGGAAUACUGGAAUCAAUUGAACUGGACAUGGCAGAAGAUAGUAAACGAAGGAAACCUGAUAAGCAGAUAGCAUUUCCCAGCACUAAGGUGGAAGAUGACGGAGAACUUGAUUGGUCACUUGAUGAAGAUUUCCAAGAGCAACUAUCACUGUUCACCCGGCAAUUCAAGAAACAAUGGAUUCAGAAGAGAUCAAAUCAAAAACUUGAAGGUACAUCUAAGGGACCUCCAUCAAAAGAUGCGAAGUACAGAGAAGCCAAAAACACAGAAAAUCCUAACUAUACAAAGAAGAAGGGGCCACAGUGUUUUGAGUGUGGCGGAUAUGGUCAUAUCCAGUCUGAGUGUGCAAACAAUCUAAAAAAGAAGAGACAAGCUUUCAAGGCAACGUGGAGUGAUGAUGAAACUGAAGAUCAGAGUGAUUAUGAAGAAUCUAAUUGUGCAUUCAUUGCGAGUAUUGAUCCAGAUGAGGAGGAGAGUCUUGAAGAACAACUCGAGGAUCUGCGAGAAAAAUGGUCAGAACUCCUGAUGGUGAACAAAAGAAAUGUCGCAGACAAAAACAGACUGAUUUCAGAAGUUAAUGCAUUAAAGGAGGAAAUUGAAGGACUCACCAGGAAGAAUGAGAAACUUAAAGGAGAAAAAUCUGAUCUGUUAUUCAAAAUAAACCAACUGAAGUCCUAUCAAAAAUGGAUCAAGGUUGCUGGAGCAGAGGUGCUGGAUCAUCACUCGAUCAUGGCUAAACCUCCAGGAGACAUGACAUGUAUCGGAUACACAGAUAAAGGGAAGAUGCCACAAUCACUUGAAGUCAAGUUUGUUAAAGCCUCCGAACAUGCGCCGUUGCAUAAUGAUGAGGCAUACGAAGAGACGCCUACUUUAUCUCACAAAUUGAAGAGGCGUGGUGUGAACCUCGGUAUCAUCAUACGCAAAGGGUCUCUCAAGAACCCUAACCGGCAAAAACACAGACUUGAGCUAAAUCAGAGAAAGACGAAGAUGGUCAGAAUCAAGCAUGUUCUUCCGAAACGCUGUAAGGGAAAACCCUCACUCAAAAGGAAACUCUGGGCAAAACAUCGCUGGACGCGUCUACUGGCUGCAGAGGAAUCACAACGAACCAAUGCUCAUCUUGAACCAAAGGCGGCAGAAGAAGACGAAGAGAAUCUCCCACAACCUACUCUGGGAGAAUCAAACAUGGAGCAACCAGAUUCAAGAUCAGUAGACAACGAAGUCAGAAAUGUCACAGAAGGUGAUGUGAUUCUAAACCCUAUUGCCACAAUCCCAGAAACGCUCUACCUAGAAUACACAGUUACUCCACAGAAAAAGAACAUGCAAAGCAAGAAGAAGGAAGAUCCGCUGCCAGAAAAGGAAAUACCAGACAUUGUGAACGAAGAACCUUUAAUAGCAUGUUCAGAUGUGCCAUUUGAAGGUGUAAAAUUCACAACCCCUGCAUCCAAGAAACAAAUGGAAAAACGUACUAGAUCCAGAUGGUCGUUGCGUCAAAAGGCGAAGGAGAAUCAAGAAUCAGAAGGGAUUGAAGAAAUUCAGACACAAGAAGUGAAAAAGAAGGAGCUAAAGCGAAAGGAGAAAGCAACGGAUGACCAGGAGGAGAGCGCAAAGAAGCAAAAAACAUCAUCUCCCUCAGCAAAACUCACAACCAGAAGUCAGAUCAACCAAAGGAAAGAUGCAAAAGCAGAAAAGUCACCCAAACCAGGGAAGUUUUCUAAACAUCUAUUUGUUUCAUCAAUUGCUAGCUCAUACAUGCCUGAAAUUGCCAAGAAAACCAUUCUGCCACAAAGAAGUAUUGAUGUUGAGGAUUUUGAAGCAAAAACAAACUUAAUCCCUGUGUUGAAAAAGUGCAAUUUGCUUAAAUCAAUCACUCUGCCUGGUUCUUAUGUGAGAAAAGUCGUUCAAGAGUUUUACUGCAAUUUGUCUGAGGGUUGCAACAUUCACACUGACCCUUCAUACCACAAAGUGUUUAUGAGAGGGAAAACUUUUGAUCUGUCACCUACAAAAAUCAAUCAGUUUCUAAACAUAAAACCCCCCUCCUCUGAAACCAAUGUGAAUGAAAGACAAGUCUGGACUGACCUUACUAAUGGUGAGCGCAUCUCUCAAUCCACCAAGUCAAAAGUGCCCUCUUCCAUUCACAAAAGUUCCUAUGCCAUACUGUUCAGGGUUGCUGCAUAUCACUGGCUCCCAACCACUCAUAUGAACACAGUCCCACUCUGCAUAGCCACACUGAUCUACAAAAUCAAGCAUGAGAUACCUGUCAAUCUUGGGAAAAUCAUCUUUGACCAGAUCAUGAGCUUUGCACCUGAAAGGGCCAAACAGAAUUCUAAUGGGCUACCUUAUCCUCUCCUUAUUUUUCAAAUGCUUAAAUCUCAAAAACUUGUAGUUGCAGAUGAAGAAGAACCUGCUCCUCCUCUUCUCCAGGUUGAUUUGAGGCACUUUGAAGGGAGACACUACAAUGACAUGGCAACAAGGGAGGAACUGAAGACAGCUCCAGCAGUUCUUCAGUCAGACUUUUCAAAAACAGCUUUCAUCAAAGGAGAAAUUCAGCUGCUGCAAGAGAAGAUUGAGGAAUACAAGAAGCUGAUCAAAGAAGCUGAAAUCAAAAAGAAAAAAUGGGCCAUUAUCCUGUCAUCUCUGGACACCACUUCAGAUGAAGUUGCUAAAUCUCAGGGGGAGAAGUCCAAGAUGGGACAGAUGAUGCUGCAACACAGGGGGAGCAGAGUGAAGAUGAUAAAGCCACUGUGGAAGAAGGGGAAAGCUCAGAUGCAGAGGAUGAUAACCACGCAAAUGAGGAGUCAGAUUUUGAGGCUGAACUCCACAAAAUUAUUGGUCAUCCUGCAUGUCAACCUGGACUUGGACACUGCGCUGGAAGUGUAUAGCGUGAAGAAGGUUUCUGUUCUGUCAAGCAGUUGGCCAAACCGAUGACUCCUUCCUGGACUCAACGUAGUAAUAUGUGUAGGAGUUCUAUAGACUCAAGUGGAAAGGCUAUUACACGGAUGUGGGCCUCGCAGACGUAGGAGAGUUGGCUCCAAACUGCGUAAACAAAUUUCUGUGUCUUUG